AUGGUCCUAAAUGUCGGGAUAAUCGGCGCCGGCGAAGUCGCCCAAGUAAUCCACCUGCCCACCCUCACCCUCCUCUCGCACCUGUACCAAAUCAUAAGCAUAUGCGACAUUUCGUUACCUGUCGCGCAACACUGCGCCUCCAAAUUCCAUAUUCCAACGGCAACCAGCGACCCACACCAAAUCAUCACUGAUCCCGCCGUGGAUGUAGUCUUCGUCCUGACAAGCGACGAAUUCCAUGCCGAAUACACCAUCGCCGCCUUGGCGGCUGGUAAGAACGUCAUGGUCGAAAAACCACUAACAUUAUCCCUCCCCGCUGCUCAACGGAUCAUCAACGCCGAGCGCGAGUCUAAGGGGAGGGUGUUUGUGGGAUACAUGCGCCGCUACGCACCCUCCUUUAGAGGCGCCUUUCUGCGCGAAGUCGCCUCAAUUCCGAAGAUACUCUAUGCGCGAGUGAGAGAUAUGUCCGGCCCCAAUGCGUUUUUCGUGAAUCAGAGUGGCACGUUUCAGGUUAGGCCUGAUCCGAGGGAUAUACCUGCGAGCGCGGGGCAGGAGAGGGAUCGAUUGCUGGCGGAGUUGUAUCGAGAGGCGUUCCCGGGCACCGAUAAUGUGACGGAUGAAAUGAAGAAGUACUGCCGCUUUCUCGGCAGUCUGGGUUCCCACGACCUUUCACUCAUGCGCGAAGCUUUGGGUGGCGUCGUAAACUCCAUCGAGGGCGUAUCCGUCAACGACCCUUUCUACUCCGCCAUCUUCACAUUCCCAUCUACCUCCGCGGCAGGGGGGGAAUUCUCAGUAACAUACGAAAGUGGCAUCGACACAAUCCCGGAUUUUGACGCCCAUUUAUCAAUCUACGGCUCCAACAAACGCGUCUCCAUACAAUACGACUCUCCCUACGUCAAAGGGCUACCCAUCAAAGUCCGCGUGGAGGAAGUGAAUGAGUACGGCGAGAAGCAGGUUAGGGAGAUACUCUCGAGUUAUGAGGAUGCUUAUACGGCUGAGCUUACUGAGAUGUAUGAGUGUUUUGUGAAUGGGCGGGAGAUAAAGACGAGUGCUGAGGAUGCGGUGGAGGAUCUGAGGUUGUAUGAUGCUAUGUAUAGGAAGGCUGGUUUUAUCACUAGAUGA